AUGCCCAACGAGUCGUCGUUCAACAAGCCCUCGGCUUCCUCGGAGCAUCACGGUCCGGGGGGUAAGAUGGGCACUUUUGGGAAAUCAGCUGGGCUGGCAGGAGCUGGAAGCACCGCAGGGGUCUUGAGCCAGAGUCCAACAGCUGGUGGUGGUGCGGCCGCUACCUCGGGGAAAAAGUCCCCCCGGCUCCCGAAAUGCGCGCGCUGUCGGAACCACGGUUAUUCCUCUCCUCUGAAAGGGCACAAGCGCUUCUGCAUGUGGAGAGAUUGUCAGUGCAAAAAAUGCAGCUUGAUCGCCGAGAGGCAACGGGUGAUGGCCGCUCAGGUUGCACUGAGAAGGCAACAAGCUCAGGAAGAAGAACUGGGCAUCAGCCACCCCAUCCCACUGCCUAGUGCCACAGAAAUGUAUGUUAAGAAAGAGAACAAUGCCAAUGGUUCCUGCCUGUUGCUGGAAAGCAGCAGCCCACCCCAGUCUACCACUGCAGCAACUGCCGGACGGAUGCUGAUUCAGGACAUUUCUUCCCUGGCCACCAGAGGGCAUCUGGAGAGCACAUCUGAUUUAGUUGUGGACUCCACCUACUACAGCAGUUUUUACCAGCCAUCCCUGUAUCCUUACUACAACAACCUAUACAACUACUCGCAGUACCAGAUGGCUGUGUCUAGUGAAACCACUUCUGGAGAUAUGGGGAGCCCACUGGUUGGGUCCCCUGUCAAAAGCAGCCUCCUGAGCCGCCAAGCAACCUAUAUGUCAAGCCAAUCAGGAAAUCAGUGGCAGGUGAAAAGUCCAGAGAAUCGUCAUAGUGUGAGUUCCCAGUACAGGAUGCAUUCUUUCUAUCCUUCAACUUCCUAUUUGGGACAGAGUGUUGGGGGGUCCACCUGUGUCCCCCAAAUUUUCACUUUUGAGGAAAGCCCCUCUUACUCGGAAACAAAAGCAAAUGUAUUUUCACCACCGAGUAGUCAGGAUUCUGGCUUGGUUUCCCUUUCCAGCAGCUCUCCCAUCAGCAGUGAAAGCACCAAAGCUGUCUUGGAAUGCGAGUCAACCUCUGAUUCCGGCACCUUCACUGUUCAUUCUGUCAUGGAAGAUGGUGAAUAA